AUGUUUUCUCCUCGUCGCCUCCGGCUUUACUUGAUUUCCGCCGUGAUACUGGGAGAUGUCCGGCGCACGCAGGCGUUAAGAGCUGCCGGCACAUCACAACUGGGGAAAUCAAAUCCCAAUCUGAAGGGCUCGUCAAGGGAUCAUGGAAAUGACAAAGAUAAUGAUGGCGGCGUCUUUGAUAAGUUGAAGCCCGGUGCUCUGCGGCCCGGAGACAAACAGAAGACAGUCAAGGUAGAAGAACCAGAGCAGACGCCGACUUCAGCCAAAAAAGGGAAAGGAGACGGAAAAGACGAAGAAGAAGCUACAGACGAUACGAAGAGCGAAGACGAAAUUGUCAACGAAGAGAUGAAUACCAUCUUAAAGAGAUCCCCAAUUAUAAUAUUCUCCAAGUCAUAUUGCCCUUACAGUAAGAAGGCAAAGUAUUUCAUGCUGGAGAAGUAUAAUAUUACUCCCGCUCCCUUUGUGGUUGAGCUGGACGAGCAUCCGCUAGGCAGGCAGCUGCAGGAUUUGUUAGGGACCAAUACUGGCCGCAGGACAGUGCCUAACAUCCUCGUCAACGGCAAAACGAUAGGCGGUGGAGAUGACAUCGAGUCCUUGUACCUGUCUGGCGAUCUGGGGACGAAGCUGCAGGCUCUCGGUGGGAAGAGAGUGACAGCGGUUCCUCACAGUGCAGACCCAGACCCAUAG